GAGAGCACAAUGGCAAUGGUGAAUCGGUGGGAAAUGGAGCAGUUUGUGUGGAGAGUGUUGCCUUUGCUAACAUUCCUCAUUUCCUUCCUGGUAUUCUUUUACUUGCACGAUUCUUACAGGGCACAGUUACAUCCUCUCGUAAAGUUGACACAGAAUAAGUGCAGCCUUCUUCACCAUCGUCAUUUCUGGAUAGCUAGCAAACGCAUUGUGACCCCACAAGGGAUCAUUUCUGGUUCAGUGGAGAUAAAAGAAGGGAAAAUAAUAUCUGUCACCGAGGGAUAUGGUAAGUGGGGGAACUCUAAGCAUGAAGAAGUAAUUGAUUAUGGAGAUGCUGUUGUCAUGCCUGGCUUGAUUGAUGUACAUGUACAUCUUGAUGAACCAGGAAGAACUGCAUGGGAAGGAUUUGAUACUGGUACCAGAGCUGCUGCCGCUGGUGGUGUAACCACAAUCGUUGACAUGCCUCUAAACAAUCACCCGACAACUGUGUCUAAGGAAACACUGAAACUUAAGCUUGAAGCUGCAGAGAACAGAAUCUAUGUUGAUGUUGGAUUUUGGGGUGGCCUAAUCCCUGAAAAUGCACUUAACAAAAGUAUUCUUGAAGGUCUCUUGAGUGCCGGUGUUCUAGGUUUGAAGUCUUUUAUGUGUCCUUCAGGAAUUAGUGACUUCCCUAUGACUACUAUUCACCAUAUCAAGGAGGGAUUGUCUGUGCUGGCAAAGUACAGAAGGCCUUUAUAUGUGCACUCUGAGAUUCAACAACAUUCUAAAAAACAUUUGGAGCUUAAUGAUAAAGGUGGUCCACGUACUUAUUUGACCUAUCUCCACUCUAGACCACCUUCAUGGGAGGAAGCAGCUAUUAAAGAGCUUGUAGGUGUUACGAAAGACACAAGAACUGGUGGUCCUUUAGAAGGAGCACAUGUUCACGUUGCUCACUUGUCUGAUUCAAGUGCUUCCUUGGAUCUGAUUAAGGAAGCAAAAAGUCGUGGUGACAGCAUAAGUGUCGAGACUUGUCCCCAUUACUUAGCUUUCUCGUCUGAAGAGAUACCAAAUGGAGAUACUCGUUUUAAGUGUUCCCCUCCCAUUCGUGAUGCAUACAACAGAGAAAAAUUAUGGAAGGCUGUGUUGGAGGGACACAUUGACCUAUUAAGUUCUGAUCAUUCACCAACAGUGCCUCAAAUGAAGCUUCUUGAGGAAGGUGACUUCUUGAAGGCUUGGGGGGGCAUAUCAUCUUUGCAGUUCGAUCUUCCAGUGACGUGGUCUUAUGGGAAGAAACAUGGACUAACCCUGGAACACUUGUCAUUACUGUGGAGCAAGAAACCUGCAACAUUUGCAGGGAUAGAAUCAAAGGGGUCAAUUGCUGUCGGAAACCAUGCUGAUAUUGUAGUUUGGAAACCAGAGGUGGAGUUUGAGCUGAAUGAACAUUAUCCUGUUUUCCUUAAACAUCCUAGCCUCUCUGCUUAUAUGGGAAGAAGGUUAUCCGGAAAAGUUUUGGAGACUUUUGUGAGAGGAAACCUUGUCUUUAAGAAAGGAAAGCAUGCUCCUGCAGCCUGUGGUAUUCCUAUUCUAGCUAAAUGAAUUACUUAAAUAUUGGAAGGCUUCUUUCAGAUAAUAGUUUCUUUGGGGCCUAAAUAAGAGAUGGAAGUAGCUGAUGGCAUUGACCAUUAACCCAGCAUUCUCCUUCUCGUAUACCUAGCAUAUAUACCAUGUAUUAUUGCAGUUUGGAUGUUUGGACAAUGAAAUUAAUGUAGUACUUGAAUUUAUAUAUAGACUAUAAUUUCAAAAAUUCUAAA